AUGGAGGAAUGCAGGGUCACACAGAACUGUGUUUUGAUGUUGGCGAAGCAGCACGAGCAAUUGAAAAUUAUAAACCCAAUACUGCAUAUUUCGACAUUCAUGCGGCUCCAGCGACUGCACCCAACCGUGCUCCUGGAGAUGUCAAGCCCUCGUGGAAAUGGAGAACCGACAUGGGAGGGAGCCAAAAUUGUCAGUCAACGAAAUGAGUAUCACCAGGCGUUAAGCCAGGUUAAUUUUUAUAUGAACCAGCACAACAGUCGCUAUGGGUUCCUUGUCACCAACCAAGAACUAGUCGCAAUCCGGAAGCUGGACGAAAAUGGAAAUCUUGAGCUCGCUCAACCAAUCCUUUGGACCACAGGAGGAACUGCCACCCAACCGCGAUUGACUGUUAUGCUUGCUUUGUGGUACAUUGGUAUGCUUGCAUCGCAUGAUCAGGGAGUCAACAACUGGCAGAUGUGA